AUGGCUAGCCCCGCCGACAUGAACCGGGACUUCGAGAUGCUGCGGGCGCACCUGAUGGCCGUGCUCCGCGCGCACGAGACCACCGCCGACAGGGUCAGCUCGCCCCGCUCCGCGUGGACGGGCGAGGCAGCCGGUGAGAGUGAGGGCCCAACGAUCCUUCCCAAGAAGGUCCUCGGACUCAUGGACAUGAUUGACAAGUACAGCUUGAAAGGGCAGGCGGUCUUCCCAGAGAUCGUCGAGUACGUGGGAAAGAUGACCGCCAGCGAGCUGCAGGUUGCCGGCCGCGUUCUCAUGGACACAUCGCUCCAGGCGGACUUGGCAGAGUCCCACCAUCGCCUCCGGGCUUUCAAGAUGGCCGUGUCGCAUGAAGACGACACCAAUGACCUCGCCAGCCUCACCUGGAAGGGUCUCCUGAAGCGCAUGGUGGCCGAAGGUGUGAAGCCCGAGAAGAUCCGCGAGGCCUUGAGCAACCAGAAGAUCGAGUUGGUCCUCACCGCGCACCCUACCGAGGCGCAGAGGCGAAGUGCCCUGAAGAAGCACGAGGAGAUGCUCAGCCACCUGCAGAAGUACGACGGCAAGGACUCCCUGACGCCCGGUCAGCUCCAGGGGCUGGAUGACAACAUCAAGGCCGUGCAGUGGAGCUGCUGGCGCACCAACACAGUGCGACGUACCAGGCCUACCCCAGAAGGAGAGGCACGAAACGGAAUGCUGGUCAUCGAGGACACAGUCUGGGCUGCCGUUCCCGAGUACUACCGCCGCAUCGACCGCUGCUUGAGGCGAAUCGGCCAGCCUCCCUUGCCCUAUGGUGCAUCACUCUUGAAGAUGAGCAGCUGGAUGGGCGGUGAUCGCGACGGCAAUCCCAAUGUGACCUGGCACACGACCAAGCAGGUGGUGACCUUGCUUCGUUGGCGCAUCGUCGAGCUCUACUAUCGCGAGGUGGAUGAGUUGCUCUAUGAGCUGAGCAUGACCGGGGAGACCAGUGAGGAGCUUCAGCGUGAGAUCGAGGCGGUGAGCAGCAUGUGGUCCGCCCCCACCGUGCCCGGAGGCAAAGUGUGCCGCCCUGACCAGCGAAGCGGCGUGCACUGGAACUUCCACACGGGCGUGGCCGCAGACGAGCCGUACCGAAGGCUCCUGAUGGCCAUCCGAAGGCGGUGCUGGCGCACCAAGAAGACCAUGGAGGCCAUGUACAUGGGAACCGCUGUGGAUUCGGACUUCGAGAAAGAGGUCCUGACCUCGGCGGACGAGCUUGCCCGGCCGCUCGAGAUCAUCUACCGCUCAUUGGUUGAGAGUGGCGACGAGGUGGUGGCCAACGGAAGGCUCCUUGACCUCAUCCGCCGCGUGCGCACCUUCGGCAUCAGCAUGGCCUGCCUGGACGUGCGCCAGGAGUCCGACCGUCACUCAGAGGCCCUGGAAGCCAUUACCGAAUGCCUCGGCCUGGGCAAGUACACGUCCUGGUCCGAGCAGGAGAAGUGUGACUGGCUGGUGAAGGAGAUCGAAUCCAAUCGACCCUUGCUGCCUGACACCUUGGAGGCCAGCGACAUCGUCAAGGAGGUGCUUGCAACCUACAAGACCAUCGCAGAGUUGCCCAUCGAGGCGUUGGGUGCCUACUGCAUCUCCAUGUCCCGGGCCACCUCGGACAUCCUCGCGGUGGUCCUGCUCCAGAAGAUCGGGGGCGUCAAGAAGUUCAUGCGCGUGAGCCCCCUUUUCGAGACCCGCGACGACUUGAUCGCUGCCCCCAAGGUCAUCGACGCCGCCUUCAGCGUGCCAUGGUACCUGAAGCACAUCAAGGGCAACCAGGAAGUGAUGCUUGGCUACUCCGACUCCGUCAAGGAUGCCGGCAAGUUUGCCUCGACGUGGGAGCUUCACGUGGCCAUGGAGAAGAUUUUGGAGGUUGGGAAGAAGCAUGGGGUCAACGUGACCUUCUUCCACGGCCGCGGUGGCUCCAUCGGACGUGGUGGUGGCCCCCCUCACCUCACCCUCCUGGCCCAGCCACAGGGAUCGCUGGAACGAGGCCACCUGCGCCUCACCAUCCAGGGCGAGACCAUCGGCCGGCACUUCGCGAGCGCCGAGGUGGCGGAGCGGACGUUGGAGCGUUACUCCACGGCCGUGCUGAAGCACCAGGUCACCCCCCCGCCCCUUCCCAGCGCGGAGUUCCGCGCGGCCAUGAAGGAGCUGGCCGACACCUCCGCGGAGGAGUACCAGAAGACGGUCUUCAAGAGCGAGAACGACAUCUUCGUGCGCUUCUUCCACACCUACACCCCCACCUCCGAGCUCGGACAGAUGAACAUUGGCAGCCGGCCCGCCAAGCGCCGCGCGUACGGAGGCAUCGACACGCUCCGGGCAAUUCCUUGGAUCUUCGCCUGGACGCAGACCCGGCUGCUCCUCCCCGUGUGGCUCGGAAACGGCCUUGCCCUGCAGAAGUACAUCGAUGCGGGCAAGCUACCCCUGUUGCAGCAGAUGUACAAGGAGUGGCCUUUCUUCCAGUCCAUGAUGGACCUCAUUGACAUCGAGCUGGGAAAGGCACAGCCCGACUUGGCCAAGCACUAUGAAACCAAGACGUUGAAGGACGACGACCUGAAGCAGCUCGGGCAACAUCUGCGCAACGGUCUCCAGCAAGCCAUCACCAAUGUUCUUGCGGUGAAGGGGGUUGACAAGCUGCUGCUGAAGGACGCCGUGGUGAAGCAGUCCAUUGCCAUGCGCCGACCCUUCCUGGACAUCUCGCAUGUGAUCCAGGCAGAGGUUCUCCAAAGGCUGCGAACUGCCCAGGAUGCCGGGGAGGAGCCCGCCAAGGAGCUGAGGGAUGCCAUGAUCAUCUCUAUCCAGGCCAUUGCCGCGGGCAUGCAGAACACCGGCUGA